AUGGAUCGGCGAUUCAAUGCCGACUUCUAUCUGUUCAUAUCUCCUGUCGUCGAAUUGCGCGAGUUUCUGGAGGAGGCGUAUGCUGCAAAGCAAAAACUGAAUGAGACAUAUCUGUACUCUGGUAAAGCAGUAGUUUUUCAGUUAAAACGAGGUCAUUCUACUCCUCUUGAACAGCCAUGUGAGAAGGAUAUUGUGCUGAAUUGUACCGUUGUCGUACCUCAUAAUAAAAUUCUAUCACAGGAAGAGACGAGAAACACAAGGCUUGUAGUAUGGUUACAGUUGGCACCGCAGCGCAAGCUGAUGCUUCGCGGAGACUCUACCCUGCUCAGCUUAAGGCAGAAAAUCGUUCGUUUCUGUAUUUGUGAUACUGUUGCGCGUUUAGAAGAUGGGCAUGAAUUGGAGCCACUUGACAGUUUAAAGACUGACAUGGCUGUAUACCCAUCAUCGUUUAUUUUCAUUCAUGACACAUUCUAUAUCGAUUACUCGCUACCGAAUUCGCAAGAUAUUUCUGAACCUAUACGAGAAUUUAUGGCACGGAAGAAAUGCUUUGACCCCGUAACAUCGAGAGAUAUUGAAGGUGUCAAGAUAAUUGAUCUUAAGCUGAGGCUGGGGCAACCAUAUGUAUUCCAACAUUCUGGUACAUGUGAGCACCUAUUGAUAUUUCAUGAUCUGCGGCUACUGGAAAAGACGGAUGUUCAGGCACUGGAACGUUAUCCGUUGGUACUAUUCGAGAAGAGAGGAGAUGUUCGGUGUGCUGCUUGCAAGCAACACUAUGCAGCAUUCGUAGUGGAGGAGUGUGACCGUUUGCCUUCACCGUACAUGAUGUUCUGCGACGAGUGUUUUCGGGAGUUCUUCUUCAUGCACGGUCAUAAAAUCGGCCACUUCAAAGCACAUCCGUACCAUCCUAUUAACCGGUUUACUGUACUUGGAGAAUAA